GUGACCGUUAAUUUUCUUUUUUCCUUCUUUUUUUGCUUUGUAUUUGGACUUUGUCUCUAUUCAAAGUGGGGGCUUUAUGAUCAAAUUCUAUACAAAUCAAACAGGACCUUGCAUUCAUCGAAACCAAGAUAAACCCCACAAAAAUGGCCUCUACUUUCUGUCAAAAUCUCUGUUUGCUUUCUCUUUUUGUUCUCUUUUCAGUUUUCUCGGCUAAGCCUAUUUCCCAUUGGAAGAACCAAUCUCCAAGUUCUAGCCAGGCAAAGUUACGGGCUGAAAAGCUCAUAAGAGGACUUAAUUUGUUCCCUAAAGAUGCUAUUAAUGCUGGUGACAAUGCCCCUGCAGUUGAGACCUCCAAGAUUGUUGAAAAGCAAUUCAGGUUCCCAGUGCUUGGGGAACCUGGGCCUUCCAUUCAGGAGUUUGGUCACCAUGCUGGGUACUAUAAACUUCCACAUGCUGUAUCUGCAAGGAUGUUUUACCUUUUCUUCGAAUCACGGAACAGCAAGAAAGACCCUGUAGUGAUUUGGUUGACUGGAGGUCCAGGGUGUAGCAGUGAAUUGGCAUUGUUUUAUGAAAAUGGUCCUUUCCAUCUUACCAAAAACUUGUCGCUUGUAUGGAAUGACUAUGGUUGGGACAAGGCAUCGAACAUUUUGUUUGUAGAUCAGCCCACUGGAACCGGUUUCAGUUAUACUUCAGACGAAAACGACCUUCGCCAUAAUGAAACUGGUGUCAGCAACGAUUUGUAUGACUUCUUGCAGGAAUUUUUCAAGCAGCAUCCUGAGUAUGUUGAGAAUGACUUCUACAUAACCGGAGAAUCUUAUGCCGGGCACUAUAUUCCAGCUUUCGCUGUUCGAGUUCACCAGGGAAACAAGGCAAAAGAGGGAAUUCAUGUUAAUCUCAAGGGUUUUGCAAUCGGGAAUGGACUAACAGAUCCUGAAAUCCAGUAUCAAGCAUACCCAGAUUAUGCUUUGAACACAAGUAUAAUUACACAAUCUGAUUAUGUCGAUAUCAAAAAGUUGGUCCCUUCAUGCGUGCAAGCAAUCAAAAGAUGUGGCUCUAAAGGUGGAGAUGCUUGUGUGGAUUCUUUUGAUACCUGUAACACUUUAUUUGAUCAGAUUCUGAGCAUCGCUGGUAAUAUAAAUUACUAUGAUAUUAGAAAGGAAUGCGAAGGAGAAUUGUGCUACGAUUUCUCGGCAGUGGAGACGUUCCUCAAUCAGAAAACAGUUCGGGAUGCCUUAGGGGUCGGUAACAUUGACUUUGUGUCAUGCAGCACCGAAGUAUAUGAUGCCAUGAUUACAGACUGGAUGAGGAACUUAGAAGUUGGCAUUCCUGCUCUUCUAGAGGAUGGUAUAAAGGUGCUUAUAUAUGCUGGAGAGUAUGAUCUUAUAUGCAACUGGCUUGGAAAUUCAAACUGGGUUCAUGCCAUGAAAUGGUCAGGACAGAAAGAGUUUGGGGCAGCUCCCACAGUUUCAUUUAUGGUUGAUGGUGUAGAAGCUGGACAACUGAAAAGCCAUGGCCCUCUCGCUUUCCUUAAGGUACAUAAUGCCGGUCACAUGGUUCCAAUGGAUCAACCAAAAGCUUCAUUACAAAUGCUGCAGAACUGGAUGCAGGGAAAGCUAGCAUCAUCCAAGACAGCAGAGAGACUUGCUCCCCAGUAAAUUAACCCCACUUGUUGUGACACAAUUUGCUCAUGCACAUUCUGAACAUAAAUUGAGAUUUUCUAAAUGCUUCAUUGUUAUCAAUAGUGUACCCCCUUUGUGUCUUAUACAGUGGUUAAGCAAAUGGAUCCCAACUCCUUUUCA